GUGCGUUGCUAAAUUACCUUGAAUAAUUGGAGUUCGUGCUUUAUUAUUAUGAAACGCAAUUUGAUUUAGUUAUUGGGAAUACUUAUUUUUUAAUAUAUUUUUUUAAACGAAUUCAGUUUAGUUUAUGCUGUGACAUUUAUUGCACGAUGUUGAAGAAUCCACGCUGCCUUUUAGUAAUUCUUCUCAUGACUAAAUGGGUUGCUACUUCAAAUUUGCAUGAACUAAUCGAUUUUUUCGUACAGGCCUCCUCCUCGAAAUUUGAGUUCACCAACGUCCAGUGCACAUCGUUCGACAAAAGUUUCGAUGAUUUUGAAUAUUGCUAUAUAAGGUCUGCAAAUCGGAGCUAUAAGUACUUAAGCGCAAAAGUGAACCUAUUCAAAACGCCAAUUACAAAGGCCAAGAUCACUUUAAUACUAUAUAAGCGAUUUAACGGCUACAGACCCUUCAUGUUCAACGUAACAUUGGAUGCGUGUAGAUUUUUAAGAAACACUGAUUCGAGCCCAAUAGGAAAAUACUUUUACGACUUCUUUAAUUCCUACUCGAAUAUUAAUCAUACCUGCCCCUUCAAACACGAUAUGAUUGUCGAAAAGAUUCCCAUAGACUUUGUUAACCACAGAGUUACGAAGGUUCUACCCUUUCCUGAAGGUGAUUAUCUACUGGAAACUCAUUGGAUUGCCUAUGAUAUCGAUCGGGCAAUGGUCAAGAUAUAUUAUACUAUAUCCUAGACAUGUGUCUUUGAAUGUCAAUAUGGAAAAUAAAUAACGAUAAUUAUUCACGUAA